AUGGCUGAGGCGCCGCCCGAGCUGGGCAGCCUCCUUGAGUGCGAAGUGUGCUGCGAGCAGUUUGACUCGGGGCAGCGGCGCCCGCUCCACCUGCCGUGCGGCCACGUGCUGUGCCUGGACUGCGUCACCCGCCUGGCGGACGCGCGCUCGUCGGCGCUCGCGUGCCCGUUCUGCCGCCGGGGCGUGGCCGUGUCGCCCGGCGGCGCCGUCGCCGUCCUGGAGCAGCCCUCCAGCCCGGGCCCCGGGCCCCGCAGCACCAGGGUGAAGGUGUUCAGCCCGAGCAUGCAGCUGGUCGGCCAGGUGGACACCUUCGGGCUGAGCCUCCUCUUUCCCGCCAGGAUAACUGCUUCGGCCGUGGCCUUUGACCCACAGGGGAACGUGGUUGUGGCCGACACGUCGGGCCCCGCCGUGCUCUGCUUAGGAAAACCCGAGGAGCUCCCGGUGCCGGUGCCGAAGCCCGUGGUCACCCAAGGGCUCGCCCACCCUGUGGCGCUGGCCUUCACCAAGGAGAAUUUGCUGCUCGUGCUGGACGCUGCGUCCCAUUCUGUGAAAGUCUACAAAGUUGACGGGAAAUGACGGGGAGUGGGGUGGUGGGGACCCAGCGGUCGGGUCAGACGUCCUGAACUGUCAGUAGUGACCUGCCACUUAACUCCUCCCGACCAGGCCGAGGUAAUGGUGGCCGCCUGGUGGCGUGACAAAAGUUGGCACAGGUAUUAAUUAAAUCCACCAUUUAUUGAAAGUAUUUUCUUCAUGCUGAGAAAUGUUCGAGUGUUAGCUCAUUUGAUUCAUAAUUACAACAAAUAAUAGUUUGUGUUAUCCCAUUUUAGAGUUGAAAAAGUGAGAUACCGAGAGCUUAAGCGACUUCCCGAUGGUUAUUGUGACUUUUUUGACCUUUAUACUAUCUCUUGAGGUAGACAAGGAAGGUUUUAUUAAGAAAUUUUCAAGGUAAAGCAGCUAACACAAAUUAAAGCACUUAAUCAAGGUGGUAUAACUGACUGAGUCCUGGUAUUUUAGGGUUCAGCAGAGUGGCCAGUCUGUGGGCAGCCAGAGUUGGGCAUCUCUGGAGAAACAUUCUAGACAUCUCUUUGUGGAAAAUUUACUACUUAAAUUGGUUUCUGACAGCCCCAGGUAAUGUUCAAGGGUGGGGAAAAGCUGCCACCUUUCUCAGCUGAGAUCACUUCAUGAUGUACACCAAUCCUGCCCACGUCUGAGUGUCACGUGAUCUGCAUAACAGCCCUCUGAGGUGAAAUGGAAAGAGACCCCUUUAAGGCAAGAGUUAACUAAGGACUUAAGGGGUGGGCGGUAACAGUCAAGUUCUGCUGUUUCCCUGAACAAAAUGCGUUUGCUUGCUUCUUCAUUUUCUUAAAGGAAAUGCGCUUGUGUUAUUUAAAGCAUCAGUGAACGUCUAUAAUUUUGGAGCUUUCUAGCACACAGUGCUUUGUAGGUAACUCUGUAAUGUAACUUCAGACUGAUGUAGGGCUUAACUCCUACACUUGGGAGGGACUUUGAGAACCAGGUGCCACGUGGUAGAAACCUGGCGAAUAAAAGACCCUCUUUCCAAACACCCCCUAGGUUCCCUUCUCAUGUUAUGUGUCUGUUCAUCGAUUUUUUUUUGUAGUUAUUGUUUCCUUUGAAUUAUAGUCUUAAUACAUGUUCUUUGUAGAAUUAGAAAAAUAU